GGGAUGAAAUUUGCCAAGUGACUAUGAGCUAUAUGAGGGACGAUAUGACUGUGGCAAAAUUUGAGCAGGAUGAGCUGAAUGACUUGCGUAGUAGAGCUUUGUUGAUGGUUAAUUCAAGAUUGUCUUAUGAAUCGGCGAGACAAGGAGGAGAAUGUUGUUCGUCUAAACAGCUCCAACAGUUUAUCCAAUGUGUUGAUGAAGUAAAUGAGAUCGUCGAGCUUUGCUCGGGGCUAGCAAAUGCUGGUCACUACAACUUCAAGAGCUUUCAACGAAGUGUAAGAACUCUACAUUUUCUUCUUAGUCUUAAAAGUACCCAGAAGACUGAGUUCCAACACUGGAAGAACAUAUUAGAUGGCGAAAGGAGUAAAUUCCACUACUUGAACUUUUUCCAUUCAAGACAACUGUGGAUGCUCGACCAGUUUUUCAGAGGAGAAAAUGAAAAUGAUGUUGACAUUAUGAAUCUUUUCCAUUAUGUGAAUGCCGGAAUUAACGUGAGCAGUCAUCUGAGACAAUACUACGAACAACCGAAAGAUAGUGCUGAUGUGGAGGCUCGUUUGGUUGAGACAGGUAGAGCUCUAAACAAGAUCUUUUUGGACUGCAUGUCUAAAGACAGACGUAUUAGGCCUAUGAGUCUCAAAACAGCGCAAAAAGCUACAUUCGACAACACAGUACAACCUGGUAAGGUUUUCGUAGCAGAAUUGAAAAAAGACAGCAAAAGUUCGAUUCCAGUUCUCAUGAUGCUUAUGAGAAACACAACAGGCCAUUACCCCCAGGCAAGCCACGUUCUGUUUUGCCAUUCGGAAACAACUUGGGAGGAGGUCUACCUUCUGCUACGACGAUGUCGCAAUGCAUCGCAAAAUAAGUCAAAGACACUUUAUGCUCUCAUCAAUGUGGAACAACUGGCAACAGAGAUUCAGUUUUCGUUGGUGGAUGAAGUAAAAGGUCUCCAGCAAGACGAUCAGUCCUUCUUUCUGGCUAUCAUUUGCCGCGGCGGUUACCAUCAUCAUAUUAUUGAUCAAUUUUCUCCACAUUUCACACAUCAAAUUCAGGGAAUGACGGCGAAUGAGAUGAGAGAAUGUCUCGAGCAGGGAUGGCCAAAUGUUGAAGUGAUCACAUCUGAAGUCCCUGGACUGGGAAAGUCGGAGUACAUAGCCAGCAGAGCAGCAGAGCAAGAUAAGAAUGCCAUUUGUUUUGAGAUUGGAGGGCCGGUGACAAAGAGGGAAUUAGUUCAGCAGCUUCUUCAAAAGUCUUCAUCCGGGUUCCAAGUACUACACGUUGACAUAAGACCGACGUCUGAUCCAAGCCUAGUCGAUUCUUUCAUUUUCGAACUGUUGGUUAUUGGGAUGGUUGUGUCAGGUACACAUUUGUGCGAGUUGAGGUAUGAUGAGGUCUUCAUUGAGAUUUCAAACACGCAGCAGCACCACCUUCGCAACUCUUUGACAAACUGCAGUUAUUUUAACAGACGUCACAUAGAAUGGGACAACUACGACAGUUACCUAGUAAGCACAGACAUAAACAGCCCCGUCCAAGUUGUUUGCCACUAUCUCCAAGCAUCUGAAAAUGAGGUACUUGAUUCAAACGAGAUACAUUUGACGGGACCUGUAAAAGCCGAAAUCCUCCCCGACGUUCAAUGCAAGCAGCUUUUGAAGGAUCAUUUUUCCCUGAAGUCUAAAAUGGCAUUUUCCACCGUCAACAUCUUUCUGAACGUCCUUGCUACAGAAUUAAAGAAGAUGUCAGCAUCUCAAUUCUUUAGUACCAAAGGUCUGCAGGACAUGUUAGGGGCAGGUCCACAUCGAGUACGAUCUGAUGUUUUCAAUGCCCUUGAUGCAGUUGCAAAAGAGUUUUCGUCACGCUCUGUGGAAUCAAGUGAUACGAAACAACCGACUGGGAGGGAUGCGGAUAAAGUUUUGAGUGCGCAUACUCUGGGUCCGUCUGUUACCGCAGAAAAUAUGGUAGAGCGUGUCAAGGGCAUGGUGCAGUGGGCAGACAGCAAUCAUCUGAUAGUCGUAUUCAAUCAUUCAGACACACAAACGCUAUCUCCCCUAUACCGUCUGCUCAAUCAAGUUCCUGAAAGUGUCAAGGACCUAUUUGAAAAACAACUGAAAAAGGAGCUUCCAGACUAUCAGAGCAUCGAAAAAGUCCAGCUGCAAAACGUCUUAGAAAAAAUAUGCAGGGACACGCGUGACCCAUUCCCUAAAAGCAAGCUUGGCCACCUGAAAGAAUCCUACGCUCUUACACCUGACAACUUGAUGAAGAUGGUGUUGAUUCACAUGAGGGUUAAGUCACGAGUCCCAGUUGUCAUCAUGGGUGAAACGGGAUGUGGUAAGACCACUCUUAUCACUUUCCUAGCUCGAGUUUGUGAAGUUCAAUUCGAGGUUAUGAAUUUUCAUGCAGGCGUUUCUAAACGGAAUAUAAUUGACUUCAUUACCAAAAUGCAGAAAGACGCCGAGGAUAACCUUGAUCACGAUAUAUGGUGCUUCCUUGAUGAAAUAAACACUUGUGAUCACCUGGGACUACUGAGUGAGAUCAUCUGUCAUCAAACGUGUCUAGGCGAACGCCUACCACCGAAUCUGGUAUUCCUUGCAGCCUGCAAUCCUUAUUCGCUGAGAAAAGGAGAGUCUCAUACAUCAGGUCUACAAGGGAAGCUAACUGUUGACGAACAGUCAAAGUUGGUAUACAGAGUUCAUCCACUUCCAGAAGCCUUGAUGGACUACGUCUGGGAUUAUGGUGCACUAAACGCAAAAGAUGAAGAAGCAUACACUCACCGGAUGGUCAAAGACAUCGGGAAAGACUUGGCUGCACUCUUUGUUGACUUGUUGAGUAUGUCGCAAAAUUUCAUCAAGCGUAACACGAACAACAAGUAUUGCGUGAGCCUUCGUGAUAUCAAAAGGUGCAAUGAUCUUGCUAAAUGGAUGAACAACAUGUUGAAGGAGAAAGGCCUUGCAAAACUGAACAACGAUUUCUGUUGUGACUAUGAAGUGAGAGCUAUCAUCCUUGCACUCUCCCACUGCUAUCAUUCACGAUUAUCUUCAUCCGAUGACCGAAAGCUGUACAGAGAAAGCGUAGCCAAAAUCUGUAAAAAGAAGUAUCCUCCUUUUACGGAGGAGCAGAUAGAAGAGGUCAUAAGAAAAGAGCAGCUGGACAUUCUGAAUAGGAUGGAACUCGAGGAGGGAAUAGCCAAGAAUGAGGCCCUGAGGGAAAAUGUGUUUGUUGUCCUUACUUCCAUCCUUAAUAGGAUUCCUGUGUUUUUGGUUGGAAAACCAGGUUGCAGCAAGUCACUUUCAUUGCAACUCAUCCGCAGUAAUCUCAGGGGACCAGACUCCAAAGAUAAGUACUUCAAGACACUGCCAGCUGUCUAUAUCGUUUCCUAUCAAGGAUCAGAGUCAUCAACAUCUGAAGGGAUCAUAAAGGUCUUUGAAAAGGCAAGACGCUACAAGGAGGCUAAUCCAGACAUCUUACCAGUUGUCCUCCUAGAUGAAAUAGGCCUGGCGGAAAAGUCCUCCUUCAAUCCACUCAAGGUUCUGCACAGUUUGUUGGAACCUAGCACGGGUGACUUCCCUGAGAUGGCUGUAGUUGGAAUAUCUAACUGGGCACUCGAUGCUGCAAAAAUGAAUCGAGCUGUUCACCUGUCCAGGCCAGAGCCUAGUGAAGAUGAUUUGUUUGAGACGGCGAAGUCAAUCCGAGAUGAGAGUGCACAACGAAGAGCUUCUGAGACGGAUGCAUACAAACCGAGAGAUGACGAGAAGUUGAAAAAGCUAGCCAAGGCAUUUUUAGACCACCAGAAUAACCAAACACAUGCAAACUUCCAUGGCUUGAGAGAUUAUUAUUCUCUCAUCAAAAGCAUGACAAUGCCACCUACCACAUUAGAAAGUGGGCUUCGUCGAAACUUUGGAGGAAUUCGAUCAGAUAUGCCAAAAAUAAUGAACACAUUCACGAAAGCAUUGAAUGUUGUUCAAAAUACUGCAAAGCACCCGUCAGCUUUAGACCUGAUCAAAGACAACCUAGCAGACAAACAUGCCCGACACCUCAUGCUGAUCACCAGUGGAGACUCUGCGCUGAGCAUCAUAGAGAAGGUAUUGUUUAAGUUAGAAAAGAAGCCCAUAAUUCUCCUCGGAAGCAGAUUUAAUGAUGACAUAUCAGAAGAAUACAACUACCGUAUCCUGAGUAGGAUCAUUCUGUGUAUGGAAGAAGGUUGUGUUCUUGUGCUCCGUGACUUGGAGAAUGUGUACAGCAGCCUGUAUGAUAUGCUGAAUCAGAACUACACGCUUGUAGGCAAGAAGAGACACUGUCGUGUGGCUUUAGGGGCCUACAGCAACCCGAUGUGUCAGGUACAUCCAGACUUCCGUUGCAUAGUCAUCAUCGACCAGCAGAAUGUGGACUACUCAGAUCCUCCCUUGUUGAACAGAUUUGAAAAACAGACGCUAACGUUCAUGGAUAUUGUAAGUGAUGUGGAGGAGCGAGCGAUUGACAUUUUGCGUAAGUGGGUUGAGGACAUAUCAACAGUAGAAGAAAUGCAGUUUACUCCAAGUCAAGCUUUCUUGGGUUAUCAUAGUGAUACCCUUCCCUCUCUGGUUGCUUUUCGCUGCCAAGAGAUGAGUAGUCAGACUAUGGACUUCAGAGAAAUUGCGGACACCUGUAAGCAAGACCUGCUGAAGAUUGCGUCAGUUGAUGCAGUUCUCCGAGCAUCAAAGUCACAGUUGGUAAUUGAUGAACAAGAGGAAGUACUCUGCAUCCAAAAGAAGUACCUAGAUCUUCCACUUAACGGUGGACUAAAGUAUUUCCUUCAACAUGCUAUCUUUGAGCAAGCUCCCUCUGCAUCAUUAGUAGAUGGUAAAUUCCAGAUACGUCCAUGUAAGCUGAUAGUGUAUACUUACUCUACUAUUCACGUUGACUUGACCCAAUGUGUGGAUGGUUUGUUCAGAAUGCAAGCUGCAAAACUGAGUCAGUUCAAAUCAGAGAGACAGCUUACAGAAGCACUGCAACGAUUCGGCAUGAGCAAUGAUCAGCUUUUCAUUCUUCAGUGCAAAACAUCUCUAGACGCACAGCACAUGCUUUUGGCCAAAUGUCAUAUUGACAAAUAUUUAGAGGAGUAUAGGGAAGCAAGGUCUCCCCAAGAAGUGAAGCACCUUUGUAUUGUAGUUCAUGUAGAAAGGGAUCAGGAGGUUGGCGGAAUGACCUCGACCUUUCCGUGGCAGUUCAACUUCCUGUGUGGUUGGCAACAAGUCACACUUGAUUCACUGGAACAACCAAAGCUUCAAGUUGCCGAAGUUAUCAACAUGUCCAUCUCUGACGUCUGUGCCAAGUUAAUUGACAUUGACUCGGUCAUUAAGGAUAAGCUUAUGUGGUGUUUUUCUUGUAUCUCAUACGACCAUCGGUCAAAAACUGUAGAUGAGAUCCUCCAAUUAAUUAGAAGGGUGACUGAGUGUCCCGAGCUGCUUCAAUGCCUUUCUAAGAAAAUCUUACACGACAUCAAGGAAGAAGAUCACAAUAUGAGCUGGCAAGUGGAUGUUGCUUGUGAAGUCGAAUUAUUGUUUGAGUGUGCCAGUUUCAUCCUUGCACUGAAAGAGCAUGUGAAACGCAGGAUUCCCCCGCCUCUCUUUAAGAUCGUGUACUUUCUAGAAGAACACAAUGCAUGGGACAGUUACUUAAACCGAGAAGAGUGCAAGGUCAUUUGGGAAACCAUGCUCAUGAAUCCAUCAGUUUGUGACGUUCGAUCAAAAUCUCUUCCAGAUCCAAAAGGGAAUCAAUCAUGCAAGGUCGAUGCCCCUCCGCCUGCCCUAGGUUUCCCUUUUUUCCACAAGCUCUACACCAUCAUUGAGGAGCACAUGACACGCCUUCGAGCAGAUGCAGAAGCAGAGCUUGUUGCAGAACAGUUCGAUGAGAUGCAGUCUUUUGUGCUGUCUGAUGAGAUGGUUGUCAAGUUGACAGGCAUCUUAAAUGGCGUGCUUCCGAAGGCUAUCACAUACGACAUGUCAACGGUUGUUGAUGGCGAGUUCUUGUUACAGCACAUCCACUCGUAUUUGAAUGACUUAUGUAAUGUCUUCUCAAUCACGUAUGUGAGUCAGAUGCCACUUGAAAUGCGCAUCAAUACGACAAAGUUGCUCGUACAGCAUCAAGUGUUGGGACUUGGCAAGGUGUCUUCAGCAAAUGAAGAACUCGCCAAGUGGCAUAUUGCUUUUCUCAUGAAUUCAGAACUUUUCGCCGCCCAACUUCAGCUUUUGAACAUUUACCAUCUGGCUACGGGAGAUGAUUCCUUGCAACUGCUAAUGUCAGUUCUUGGAACCAACUGCAAGAAAAGUGAUGUUAGCUUCUUCGGUCUUGACAACGGCUUGGUUUCUAAUAAAGAUGAGCAGUGUGACACAUCAGUGGAGUUUGUGGAUGCAAGUAAUGAAUUUCUGGAUGAGCUAGAUUUUGGCGAUGAAUCUUUUGUCUUAGCGCUUGAAAGUUACGAUGGGGAAACAGAUGAUAGUGCAUCGUUUGAUGGGGAGACUGAUGAAAGUUCACUGAAAUUCCAACUAGUCUCAUCUGUAUGCCAGUCCUUGCUCCCGAGCACAGGAUUUCUUGAAAAAUUCAAAGGUCAGGAAUCAUGGGUACGGUUUGUCAACAACAUUUGGUUAUCAGCCGAAAGUAUUAAGGUUCGGCCGAGGGAACUCCAUUACUUGCACUUUUGCAAAGACUUUGUGAACUUGCUCACAUUGCCUAGUCACCUUCGUAUACUUGAUGAGCUGAUUGUCACCACUGAAGGUGGCAACGUUUUGGACAGCGACAGUAUUCGCAUUUUCGUAGAAAAGACUAUCAGUUUCAUUCAGCAAGAGAGCAACAGGGGGUCCUAUACGACCAAAAACCGCCUCUUUCUGUCCAAGUAUUUUGAUCGUUGCAUCAAAGCAAAUGUUAAAACUCCUUUGUUGGAGAACAUCUGCAGAUCUCUGGUCACUGAUGAUGGAAGUCUCAUCGAAGGAUCACGACUGGUGAUGCGGCGUAUCAUAUGUGAAAUUGAUACAGACAAAGAUACAGUGUUCACAGAGCUCAUCAGUGACGAUGUGAAUCAAGUCAGACGUUCGGACAAUCUUGUCAUUUUGGACAACAUGCUUCAAAACCAACCAGAUGGACUGAACUCUCAUUUUGCAACCCUCUGUUGUGAUUUGAUUGGAGAAUGUGGUUUCUGCAACAUAACGAGUUAUAGUCUGAUGGAAGAUCAUUCUGGUUACAUGACCACUUCCAUCAUUGCAAGCCGAGUCGUUGCUAACUCCACUGAAUGUUCGCUGAAGUUUGUUUGUGCGUUGGCUUUUCUGAGCAAGUUGUUUCGUGUUUUUGCAGAGAUAUUCACAGACAGUAGCAAUGUUGACAACUUUUCCGAAGAACUCAAGAUAAUGGCUGAUUCCUUUGUCAAAACGCCAGUCGAUGUUCAUAAGUGGAUCUUGCGAUAUAUGUUUCAUCAGGACAUCAGUCUCUAUGAUUUGAGAAUGGCAGUGGCUUCUCUCUCAGCACUGUCAGGUGGGCAAAAUAGUGAUUACCAAAGUCUUCUUUGCCCGGUUAUUGGUUAUAGCCCGAUGAAUUACAUGGAGAUGUACAACGACGUGAGAAAUGCCUGGGUACUGCUUCUUCGCGAUGAUAAAACUAAAAUGGAGACUGUCAUCAGUAAGCUCGAAUCCUCAACAAAACACCGCACUGCACUAAUGGCAGUGCUCGUCGAUUACUCCUACCUUGUUGCGACAAGAUUCAGUGACUCGAAGAGGCUUCAUGCCCAGUGGAUCAUCAAGGGAAUCACAGAUACAAACCUCCAAGGAACAGCGUGGUAUUAUGUCAUAAAGGCCAUUUCAGGGGUUACCGACUUUAAAAGUAAACUCCAGCUAUCCGAAAAAUCUACUCUGCAGGAUGCGCAUCUUGCCUCCGUGUUAAUGCACCUCGCCACUAUCAUACUUGGUCCAUUGGAGCCGGGUAAAGAACAGAGUAUCUUUCAGAAGCUCUUUUCAUCGCAAGCUGUGGCCAAGAAAGGGACAUUUUUCCCGGGAUCACAGAAUCAGUCUUCAACCGAAGAUGCAUGUACCAGAGCAGUCAUCUGCCAUUGCGGACUGCAGUUUGUACAGGAUCUACGGUAUGAACGGUACAAAAACUGCCCAACUUGUGGUAAUUUGUUAUUUGGUGAUACAUCAACGCCUGAUGAUCAGUCAACACAACAGACCCAAAGAACAAGUGGAUACAGCUUUCCUCCUGUGCCCCAGUUGUGGAAUAAACUUCAGGGAAACAAAGGCAUGUCCAUUGCAUCACAAUUAGUCACUGACUUCAUGGUUCAUGGGUGUCUCUAUGUUGCAGCUGAGGUAUUCCCCGAUGACUUCAAGAAGGUUCCCUUUUGUGAGGGCACCAUGAUGGAAACCAGAUUGCUGGAGUUGUGGUCGGUCUUGCCAUUGGUACUAAGAGCAAAUAGCCAAGACACCUCCGUGCUACUUCACUGCAUCAUAGCGAAGUCUUCUGAUGUUUUGGUUUCUCCGCAAUAUACAGGUGCCUCAGCUUCCGUCAUAAAUCACCAAGAGAUGGAAAUACACAAUGUUGUUGAGAAGGUACUUCAAAAUUCAACACUUGCCAAACGUCAAUUUUUCGAAGAUUCGUUCAACAUGGUUGGCACACCAGCUGAAUCCAUUCAUCACCACAUGCAUGAGCUGGAUAACAUUGAUGAGAGUACAAGCAAGAUUUUACAAAGAUCAUCUCGUAGUAAACGCGAGCCAUCGCUUGAAGACCUCCGAGCAUGCUUUUGUAAUCACAGGAACAACAAUUCAGAGCAUUUCCCGUUUCUCCAUCUUGUACUGUCACGAUACAAUGCUCUAAAGUAUGUUGCCUUCCUCCCUACCUUGUUGAGAUGGAAUUUGCUGCUGAGUAGUCACAUGAGCCUUCAAAGAGCCACGCACAAAUAUUGCAACAAACAUAUCAGGGUUUUGCUUGAUGAUCAGCCAAAUAUGUCCGAGCCUUGGCAAGAUUUUAUGAAGGCAUUCAAUGAGGUCUGUGCCACGUGGACUGAGCUCACUGGCGAAACCACCCGUCCAGAUGACAUCACACUUGACUCUCAGAUCAAGGAGUGCCUCAUGCCUAAAGGGAUCGAGCAAAACACUUUGAAGCGAAUGAUCAAGACUCUUCAAGAAACACAGAAUGAAUUCUUGAUGGAGGCUCUAAAUAUAGCUACAACCACAAACUGCCCAGCAAUCGGCUUCCUCGUCAAGGACAGCCAUCUUGCUGCUGCUCCAACCAAACCUCUGAACCUGGUGAGAAAGAAGGAUGUCAUUCUUCCCCCGUCAGAUGAAUGCCUCUGUCAUCACGACAUCAACACAGAGUAUGGACAUGGAACGGAGAUAUCUUAUGACCUAAACCAGAUUGAGAUGGAGGUGGCAUUAAGCACUGUACUGAACAAAGUGAUAAUUACUGAUGGAAGCACCUUCGAAGGUUUCAUCUUUGCUGAUGACUUGUACAGUUCAUCAACUGGCAUUCUUGAUGACGUGGCAUCCAAGGUCCGACAAGAAUCCUUGCCGGAGGACAUUGUCAAUUUGGUCAUUAAGGAGGUACAUAGGUAUACAUUCACGCGUGACUUGCUUCAAACGCUAGAUGCACUCAUGGGUCUUCUGAGGAGAACCAGUGGCGACCCAGAGGCUACAUUGGACGAGUUCAUCAACAAGUGGAGCGCAGUCAUUUCAAUUAAAUUUCCUGACCUGUUAAAAUCCAUCAACCUAAAGCACAUAGUUGCACUGUACCAUCAUUUGGAGCUUCGUCUGUCAGCUGCAGUCAUACAGAACCUUGGUAAAGAAUAUCGUACAAAGUUCCCUGUUAAAUUCCAGCUCGAACUACACAAAUGCUGCUCCAGCUGUCCUCCAGAUGUUGUCAUUCAGUUCCGAGACAUCCUAAAGACGUUUGCUUUUCGCUACCUCGGAGCAAGACGGAACUUUCAACCUAACUGCCAAGAGCGACUACGUGAUCUUUUGGGAGGAUUGGCUGGAUAUGACCGUGUGAUCCCUCUUCUUCACAAAGACACUCAACUUUGCCACAUUAUGGACCUCAUAGCAUAUUUGGACAAGACAAUUAAGUGUAAAGAGGAAAAAGCAGUGAAGGGAAAACACAAAGGAGUGAAGAAAACAGCACUUGCAACUGGCUCAUCGUACUAA